GCAUCCCCGUGCUGCACAGAUGCCGGAGUGGAAGCGACAGGCGCGCUCAUCCAAACGCAUCGAACACAGGGGACGUGGGAGAAGAUCGUCCGAUUUGCGUCCGUCUAAGAGCUCCAGACCGCGGGGAACGAUGCUCGGAACAAGUCGCUCGGUGGGAAGCAGGACUUAAAAAGCUGCGGAACACUUUUAUAUUUACUCUCUCUUUCCCCCCACUCCGAUAAUAAUCAAGAUUCCGGGCAGUCGCCGUCCAGUUUUCUCGAUCACUGAGAAUUUAGUUCCAGUUUCACGCCAGGUCGGUGUUUCGUUUGGACACGAUGUGGAAGCCGGGAACCCUCCUCCUGCUGUUGCUGUGGCUGGCAUCCGGCGAACUCCAGCAAGAGACGGAGCCGCGGAGACUCCCACCCCCAGGAAAGUUGAAUUUCGGCUAUGUGCCAGCGGGAGUUUACGAGACGCUGGCCCAUUACGAACCUGGACCGAUAGGGAUUCUGUUCCACAUGGUCCAUGCUUUCCUGUAUGCGGUGCAACCCAACGCUUUUCCACACGAUCUUAUUGUCAAACUGGCAAAGGACAAGUUUGGAGCCAUUCAGACGGAAUAUCAAAAGCCAGAGAACAUAGUGCUGACCCUUCAGGCCAUCUACUACGAGAUAGGCUUCCUAGUUUGUGCAGCAGUGGGCCUGCUCUUUACCAUUCUGAUGCCAAUAGCCGGGCUCUUCUUCUGCAUGUGCCGCUGCUGUGACAACUGUGGUGGUGAGAUGCACCAACGCCAGAGGAAGAAUGCAGACUGCCGGCGUGGCCUCCUGGGAACGCUGCUCUUCUCCACCUCACUGGUCAUCACGAUUGGAGUGCUGUGUGCGUAUGCCGCCAACCAGAACCUGAGCUCUCAGGUGAAGAACGUACGGAGACUGGUCAACAGCAACAUGAGGGAUCUGCACACCUUCGCUAACGACACACCGAUGCAAAUUGAAUACCUAAUAUCCCAGUAUGCCACGGCCAAGAACAAAGUCAUCUAUGACCUAGAUAACAUAGGUCCAUUAUUGGGUGGAAAGAUACAUGAUCAGUUGGAUAAGGAGGUCCGUCCUGCCUUGGACCAAGUCCUCAAUAUGGCUGGAGUGAAAAUCGAGAGGGCCAUUAAAGUGUGCUGCACAGUGAAAUACAGCAAUGGAAAGCUACCCAAUGUGAAUGCACAGCUGGAAAAGAUGAACGAUGUAUUGAAAACAGACCUCAGCGCUGUCGUUCAGAGGGGCUUCUCCUCUUUGAAUGACACGCCACAUAUGGUGAUUGAACAGACCAGAAGUGUUGUUGAGAGUGUAACAAAUUUGGUGGAUACCAUUGGCAAUAACAUCAGCAGCUUUUCCAAGGCAUUCCCAGUGCAGAGCUGCCUGUCCAACUUCACCAUCUUCGUUAACCACGUGCACGCCAAGAUUGAAGACUACUACCCAGAAAUUGACAAAAUGGACUUCUACAGGUGGAUUGGCUGCAUUGCUCUUUGUUGCAUGGUGGUCCUGGUCCUGGCCUUCAACUACCUGGGCCUGCUGUGCGGCACGCUGGGCUAUGACAAACAUGCCUCACCUACAACACGGGGCUGCAUCUCCAAUACAGGAGGAACGAUGCUUAUGGCUGGAGUUGGAUUUAGCUUCCUCUUCUCCUGGGUACUGAUGGGAGUGGUCACCAUCAUCUUCCUGGCUGGAGGGAACAUGGAGAAACUUGUGUGCGAACCAUUCCACACCAAAGAGCUUUUCAAGGUUGUGGAUACUCCAUAUAUGAUCAACCCAGAGUGGAAGAACUUCAUCCCUGGCUACAUGUACAACGACUCUGAGCUGAAGUUGACAACAGAGAGCUUAUACAGUACUUGCAAAAAGAACCAAGGCAUCUACUCUGCCAUGCGUCUGGACAAAGUCUUCAAUAUUUCCUCUUACCUCAACACCACAGUGUUCACAAAGGAUGUGGUCAGUCAGCUGGACAGUCUUAAGAUCGACUUGAGAGGCAUAAUCCUGUUGGAGGCAGAGGGAAGGCAGAACCUCCUGGAUUUCUCUGAAGCAGGGCUGUCAGAGAUCAACUACGCCGACUACCUGGAGGAGGUGAAUAAGGGGGUCACUGUAGUGGAUCUACUCUCAUUUGCCAGGGAACUGGAGGCCCAGACAGACCUGAUGCCCAAAAGUAAUCUGCAGUCUUCUCUGAAAGGCCACGUUAGCACUCUGCGGCAGAUCCACAGGCAACAGAUCGUCCCAAUGGAGCAAUCCAUGAAGUAUGUUAGAGCAAGGAGUGCGCUGAACCAGAGUAUGAGGUUCCUGGAAAGAACAGCCUCUGAUCUUCCUAACAAAAUCUUAGCUGUUCUUGAUGCCAUCAAAGCUGCGCAGUUCCUCAUCUCGCAGAACGCUACGCAUUUAAUAAAUCGGGAGUCCAGAAAGUACACCACCACCAUUAUUGGCUACUUUCAUCAAUACAUUGAAUGGGUGAAAACAUCUCUGGCUAUGGAAGUUGCACCAUGCAAGCCCUUCAGCAACAUGGUGGACACGGCAGAAAUCAUGGCUUGCAGUUUCGUGGUUGACUCUAUGAACACUUUCUGGAUGGGCCUGGGCUGCAGCACUCUCCUCCUGCUCCCGAGCAUUAUUCUAGCAGUAAAACUGGCCAAGUACUACCGCAGGAUGGACACAGAGGAUGUUUACGAUGACCCUGAGACAAUUCCCAUGAAAACUAUGGAAAUUGGUAAUAAUGGUUAUCAUAGUGAGCGCUUGCAAGGUAUUCCUAAUCCUAUGAUGACAAGCAUCCCUACCUAUGAUACUAUGAACAGGUUCCCGCGGGCCUCGGCUCCUCCGAGGCACAUCGACUGGUGACAGAGCCGCCUCUUGUUCUGGCUCCUAAAAGGUACUGCAAAGCUAAUGAAUCAGACACCUGUUUCUCUAACAUGAUUUUAAUCAAUCCUCCUUCUUUCCAGUCUCACAUCUUUCCUUCUCACAGCUGCCAUCUUAUCCUGACGUUCUGUCUGCAGUAACUGUGCCAUCGUGCUCUCUCCUGUUUUUGGUCUUAUGUUUUUGUAUUUGUACCCUGACCUAAUUCUCUUACUGUAACACCUCUUUACAGCUUGUUUUAGUGCAUUUCUGCUCACUGAAGAACCAUCAUGUGCCCUCGAAAACUGGAACUGAAAUACGUCAUACUUUUAAUUUCCUAAAUCCUUGGACCAGAUGAGGCUCAGUGAAAGCUGGUUUCCUCACAACAAAAGAACAAUUGCCCUGCAGGCGUUAUCUUCAGCGACGAACCGAACCUUCUCGGCCUUCAGUACGGUUACAGCCUGCAGGACAUCAAACUCUCCUCCCCUCAGCAUCAAUCUGAGCCAGGCUUGUUCUGCAUUUUUUGUAAAGGACUGCUUUGUCUGCGUUUACAUUUGUUCAGAUAUGAAACGAAGCAGAAAAAUAUUCAGUGACAGGACAUGACAUUAACUGUGAUGCUUGUUCAUUUUAAUGUGCUUCUUUGUGCUUACGAAAACAAAAGCUGGAAGGUCAGACGAAGGUAACUGCAAGCAGAGGACUCUUUAUUUUUCCUUCUCCUGCUUCCUGCAUUUAAAGAGAUGUGACACUUUCGACUCAAACUAGUGGCAGUGUGUCAUUACAUCUGUGAUGAAUGCAAAUUAACGAUAACAGCCUGUUAAAAAGUGUUGAAUAGUGCACAUCCUUUUUUUUUAAGUGCAGCAUGUGUGAAGUGGUGGAUCUGUGGUGUCUUCAUGAUUGAGAAUUUGAGUAAAGUGGUAAAAUAGAGGUUAGGGGGUAUUCUACAAAAAAAUUAGUCUCUUUAAAAUGUUUACAAUAUCACAGGAACGUUUAUCUUCGCUGGUUUGAUGCGCAUUACAAAAGACUGGUUGCCUUUGUAUGGAGUUUGAGAGCUGCUACUUUUUAAAAGAGGAAAUCUGCCAACAGCUAAUCUUACACUGCUGAAAAUCAACAAUCUGGGAGAUAUUUGUGCAGUAAAGAUCCAAACUGUACUCUUUUUCCUAGAAUACCUAUCUUCCCGUACCCUGUCAUCCACAUCUACAGGUGGCAAUUCCCCACAUUUUUCCAGAAUGCCUUUUUAAACAAGUCAUUUGUAUCCAGUGGGGAUGUAAAAUUACUUUAUUUCAAAAAGAUGAAAUGAAAUGUAACAAACUAAUUCUGUAAUGCUUUCUACUGUGGCGAUGAUGUCCGCAGUAUGUUUUGCUCAUGCAUUAUCUUCCCAGGGUGUCAAACACCGCCAUUCUGUCUGUGGCUGCUGGCCUCUUUGAUCCCUGCGAGGUGUUCUGUGGUGUUAAUAUGGAGACGCACUGACUGUAAUAUUUGAUACUGAGAGACCAGGAUAUUAAUCUUUAUUAUGUGGGAGGCAAGGUGGUGAUGAUGUAAAUUACAGGUUUUUCAGUGUUUGUGUUUCAUGUCCAUUAUGUUGUCAUUUUACGUUCACCUUCACUGGGUGCUUGGUCGGGUUUAGGCACGAGAACUAGCUGGUUGUUUUUAGGAAAAGACGGCCAUUUCGAUUAAAAUAUUCCCCUUAACAACGCUGCAACUUGAAAAAAUGAUAUUAAUUGGACUCUUGUAAUUAAGAGUCCAUAUAGCAACAGUCAUCUCACUAUUAGCCGGUGCGUCUCAGUACUAACGUCCUACAUUCAAAAUGUGCAUCUCAGACAAAAUUACUGUAUUUGAUGCCCUGGGAAUAAGAUUGCUCCAAUUCAAAUUCUGAAUAUGUUUUAAUCUUUUAGGUUUUAAAUGCUUCCUGAUGGGUCAAUGAAACCUCAUAGAUUAGGUAAGCUGGUUUUUUAAUGGUACUAUGGGGCAGAAAUGUUGGGGCUAACCUCCCACCUCCUCUGCCCUUGUUUUGAUAAUCAUUUCUGGAUAUCUCAGGUAUACAAGAACCUUGAGGAAGUCUCACCCCCCAAAUAGCACGUUACUGAUGUGGACAGACCUUCAACACCAUAAAACAAAAUCACACCAGUUUUUUUUCCAACAGUGUAAGCUUUUUUUUUAGGUGGAUUUUCCCUUUAAAUCAUAGACUAAAUUCAAAACACAAACAGACAAAUGUCUGGCUUUUAGGUUCCCUGUGUGGCAGAUUGAAUCCUUUGUCACAUGGGACCAAGUUUUGUUGAGUUCACUAACAUAAUAUUUUUAUUAUUUGUUUUUUCGUAGUGGUGAUACUUUUACAGUGGAGAAUAAUUCUCAAGCCAAAUCUUUUCUUUCUUUUUUUUUUUAAACUGUAGUUCUCAGGUCUUUAGAGGUCUAUCAACUAUGUGCUUAUUUUGUUCCUCUGCUUUGUAUAAACCCACAGUAGCUAUGGAUACAUUUAAAGCUAUGAAAAAAGUGAAUGUAUUCAAGAGCUAUUUUCUUUUUAUUUCACGCUUGAUAUGGAAGUUGAGAAAUAUGCUGAAAUCUAUGUGUAACGCAAUGGGCAAACACAUCCAGUUGUCCCACUCUUUACAGGUUAGAUUUGCAGCUGCUGUUAGCAGAGUAAGGAUGGCGAAAAGAAAUUAGACAAUCCAUAAUUGGGAAUAGUGAGUGCUGUCAAUCAAGAGUAGAAAAAUAAGCAUGCUUCAUGUUUUGCACAGCAUGGUGUUGAUGCACACUGUCAAAAAAAUGUCCAUCUUAACACUGAAACAUAUAUUUCUGUUAACAUAGCACAGUUGUUCUUUAAAGUACCGCACAAUCACUAAUUUAGGGGAAAACAAAAGUUAUUAAGUAUAUUUGUCUCUAACAUUGGCAUCAAUGAAUUAGCGUCAGAAAUAUGACUGAAAUAUCCAGUUUAUUUAUCUUAUUUCAAUAUUUAAAUUUCCAAAGCUCUGUUAUUGUAAACCAGGGCUAAGUGACGAUGAGAAAAGAAAUACUCUGUAUAGAUAAACCUAAAUUAUGAUGUAGUAAUAGAACAUAUUUGCAGUGUAGGAAACUCCCAGCAUCAAGAUGAAGUUUCUGAAUUAUAUUGAACUUUAAACACAGACGGGCUUCUAUUGAGUCACUGAUGUUCUUUUUAUUUUGAGACACAUUUCUUGUUAAAAUGGACAUUUUCGAAGUAUCCGUGUGCUCACAGGACUAUCAUUGGGUUUCUGCGAAAGUUUGGAUGUGAGAGAAAAAAUGUUUGAAUUUACUAAGUGCUUACACUAGAUAUCCUGUAUGCUAACCCUGGAUGGAUCAGAUACAGCGGUAACUGGUUUGAACUGUGAUGCUCCAAAGUUGGGCACUGAUGGAGCCACUGAACAGUAGGUUUAUAUGAUGUGAUGGAAAGAAAGUGUAUAAAUUGUGAAUAAAGUUUUAAAAUCCAAA